UGAGGUUCAUGGCUGGUUCUAUCCUGACUUCAUGUGACUUUAACAACGAAAACCAACCAUUCUGCCAGUUCCGUCAGGACUCGACAGACGACGGCGACUGGACCCGACACAGGGGUCCAACCCCGUCGGAUGGCACAGGUCCCCAAGGAGACUACCCCGAUGGAAAGGGAUUUUACAUCUACCACGAGUGUGACAAUGUGGCAAACAACCGUAAAGUUCGUCUGCUCAGUCCUGCGCUCUCAAUGGCGGCUUCCGAGAUCUGUGUCCAAUUCCGGUACUACAUGUACGGCUCUGACAGUAACAACACGCUGAGGGUUCUGGCAGUGACUUCGGGUACACAGUCUGAGGUGUGGCAUAAGACCGGUUUCCAGAGUCCAUCCUGGCUGGAGGGCACCGCCACAGUAUCCAAAGCACCCAGCGAUGCGAUCACUAUUGCGUUUGAGGCUCAGAGAGGCUCCAGCUCUUCCUGUGACACAGCGCUGGAUAACAUCGUGAUCAUGGAAGGAGCAUGUCCCACUUGCGUUUCAGGCUGUGACUUCGACAUUCUGGAUGAACUCUGUGGGUGGUCCACUCACACAGACGACCCAGCCGUAUUCGGUUUCGAGCAGUGGGUCGGCCCGGGACAGACCGUAGGAACUGGACCUGAUAAUGACUUCUCCAAGCCUGGCUUUGGAGCCUACAUGCUGAUGAGUUCUCAGGAUGCGAUCCCUGGAGAUCAGGGUCAAAUAAGAAGUCCUGUCAUCACUCCUUCUUCCGGAUGCCUGGAUCUCACAUUUCAUUACUACCUGUAUGGCACCAGUGCAAACGUGGAGAUCAGCGUUCACACCAUUAAUGAGGGCGGAAACCCCGGACCUGCUAUCUUCACCGUAAGGGGGAACAAGGGUCAAGCCUGGAUGCCCGCAGAAGUGCGCUACCUCGGAACCACAGCCGUCCAGUUUGUUAUUGUGGGUACCUUUGGAGAGACCUCUCUGACUGAUAUUGCUGUGGAUGCUGUGUGUGUCACUGCCUGUCAAGGUCUGCUAACUACGCCACCACCAACGGGGGCUACUCCAACACCAACUCCGGGAGUGACGACACCGACACCUACAACUCCAAGAACUACAACUGCAGAACCAAUCCAGUGCCCUCCCAAUGCAGAAUACAUAGAAUGUGGUCCGGCUUGUAUCCCCACCUGCAUGGAGCCUUCCAGCAACUGCAGUGGCUCCUGCAUCACUGGCUGCUUUUGCAAACCAGGUUUUGUCUUCAAGGGAAAACAUUGCGUGCCGCUGGAGAAAUGCGGUUGCUUGGAUGACCACAACAACUAUUACGAGCCUGGAGAGAUCGUAUUUGGAGACGGCUGUUCAAAGCUUUGUCGCUGUGCAGGGAACUACACUUUGGAAUGUGUGGACAACUCCUGUGAUCCCACUGAGGAGUGUCGUGAGGUUAAUGGUGUUGCAGGAUGCUACCCUAAAGGUACAUCGUCAUGCAUAGCUUCUGGAGAUCCGCACUACACAACCUUCGACAAACGCAAGUACAACUUCAUGGGCAACUGCAGUUACAUGAUGGCCGGAACCUGCAACGUAUCGUCUUUGCCAAACUUUGUCGUUUACGCUGACAACGAAAACCGCUACAAUAGACCCACCAUCUCCUACGUGAAGGCGGUUCAUGUGUUCGUAGAGGCCGGUGGGGUCUCUAUCUUGAAAGGAGGCACUGUGCAAGUAAAUGGCAUCAAGGUCAACCUGCCGCUGAGUCCGUUUCCAGGUGUCUCAGUGUUCAAAUCAGGGAAGCACUACACUGUGUCCUUGGAUUUUGGUGUGACAGUGCGCUAUGACGGAAACCACUUUAUGGACAUUAAAUUGAUUAAAGACUAUAAGGGUUUAGUGUGCGGACUGUGUGGAGAUUAUAAUGGAGACCCCAAAGAUGACUUCCUCACGUCCAAUUUCACUUUGACUGAAGAUCCCAACGAGUUUGGACACAGCUGGAACAUUGAUCCAAAGUGUAACACAAAACCCAACACCACUAUUCCUGGAUGUGAGGAAGAGGAGCAGAACCUGUAUGAAAGUUCAGGAUAUUGUGGUGUUCUUUUGGACAAAAAUGGUCCUUUUGCUGUGUGCCAUCCCAAAGUCAAUCCCAAUAAUUACUUCAAAGACUGUGUCUAUGAUCUUUGUGAGCUGGACGGUGCAACGUUCAUUUUGUGUGAAGCCAUCGAAGCCUAUGUCAACGAGUGCCAGUACCGCGGGGUCCAAAUCGGACCCUGGAGGAACCAAACCUUCUGUCCUUGGAGCUGCCCACCCAACAGCCAUUAUGAGCCCUGCGCGGACCCCUGUCAGGAAACGUGCUCUGGGAGACCCCCUGCCUGCAGUGGACCAUGCACCGAGUCCUGUGUCUGUGAUCCGGGCUUCAUCGUAAGUGCUGGAAAAUGCGUGGACAACAGUUCCUGUGGCUGCCAACACACCAACGGCCAGUAUUACCAGCCGGGUGAGGAGUUCUAUGUUGACGGCUGUACUCAGAAGUGUCGAUGUGAACCUCCCUCCAUUUCCUGUAAGCCAUAUCAGUGCCCCCCAAUGCACCACUGUGUGGUCCAGGAUGGAAUUCCAGGCUGCUAUCCCACAGGAACACCGGGACCAACAACUCCAAGACCAACGACACCAAAGCCAAUCCAGUGCCCUCCCAAUGCAGAAUACAUAGAAUGUGGUCCGGCUUGUAUCCCCACCUGCAUGGAGCCUUCCAGCAACUGCAGUGGAUCCUGCAUCACUGGCUGCUUUUGCAAACCAGGUUUUGUCUUCAAGGGAAAACAUUGCGUGCCGCUGGAGAAAUGCGGUUGCUUGGAUGACCACAACAACUAUUACGAGCCUGGAGAGAUCGUAUUUGGAGACGGCUGUUCAAAGCUUUGUCGCUGUGCAGGGAACUACACUUUGGAAUGUGUGGAUAACUCCUGUGAUCCCACUGAGGAGUGUCGUGAGGUUAAUGGUGUUGCAGGAUGCUACCCUAAAGGUACAUCGUCAUGCAUAGCUUCUGGUGAUCCGCACUACACAACCUUCGACAAACGCAAGUACAACUUCAUGGGCAACUGCAGUUACGUGAUGGCUGGAAUCUGCAACAUAUCGUCAGCUUUGCCACCUUUUGAGGUCCAUGCUGACAACGAAAACCGCUACAACCGGCCUACCAUCUCCUACGUGAAGGCGGUUCAUGUGUUUGUUUUGUAUCCCAAUGGGGUCUCCUCCAGCUUCCAGUGGGGCACCGUUCAUAAGGUCUCCAUCUUCAAAGGAGGCACUGUACAUGUAAAUGGCAUCAAAGUCAACCUGCCACUGAGUCCGUUUCCAGGCGUCUCUGUGUUCAAAUCAGGGAAGCACUACACUGUGUCCUUGGAUUUUGGUGUGACAGUGCGCUACGACGGAAACCACUUUAUGGACAUUAAAGUGAUUAAAGACUACAAGAACUUACUGUGUGGACUGUGUGGAAAUUACAACGGGGACACCAAAGAUGACUUCCGCACCCCUAGUGGGUCGUUGACCAAUGAUCCCAACGAGUUUGGAAACAGCUGGAAUGUUGAUCCAGAGUGUAACACUAAACCCAACACCACUAUUCCUGGAUGUGAGGAAGAUGAGCAGAACCUGUAUGAAAGUUCAGGAUAUUGUGGCGUUCUGUUGGACAAAAAUGGUCCAUUUGCCAUCUGCCACCCCAAAGUUAACCCCAAUAAUUACUUCAAGGAUUGCGUCUUCGAUCUCUGUGAGCUGGAUGGCGCUGCGUCCAUUCUGUGUGAAGCCAUCGAAGCCUACGCAAACGAGUGCCAGGAUCGCGGGGUCCAGAUCGGACCCUGGAGGAAUGAGAGCUUCUGUCCUUUGAGCUGCCCACCCAACAGCCAUUAUGAGCCCUGCGCGGACCCCUGUCAGGAAACGUGCUCUGGAAGACCCCCUGCCUGCAGCGGACCAUGCACCGAGUCCUGCGUCUGCGAUCCUGGCUACAUCCUGAGUGCUGGAAAAUGCGUGAACAAGAGCUCCUGUGGCUGCCAACACACCAACGGCCAGUAUUACCAGCCUGGAGAAGAGUUCUACACUGAGAACUGUACAGAGCAGUGUAGAUGUGUAGCCCCCGUUGUUGUCUGUGAGCCAUCUGGAUGCCCUCCAACACACGAAUGUCAAGUCCAGGAGGGAGAGUUGGGCUGCUAUCCCACAGGAUCAACUACACCUGAACCAACAAGUCCCGGAGUGACUUCACCCGAACCUUCAACUCCAAGACCAACUACACCAAAACCAAUCCAGUGCCCUCCCAAUGCAGAAUACAUAGAAUGUGGUCCGGCUUGUAUCCCCACCUGCAUGGAGCCUUCCAGCAACUGCAGUGGCUCCUGCAUCACUGGCUGCUUUUGCAAACCAGGUUUUGUCUUCAAGGGAAAACAUUGCGUGCCGCUGGAGAAAUGCGGUUGCUUGGAUGACCACAACAACUAUUACGAGCCUGGAGAGAUCGUAUUUGGAGACGGCUGUUCAAAGCUUUGUCGCUGUGCAGGGAACUACACUUUGGAAUGUGUGGAUAACUCCUGUGAUCCCACUGAGGAGUGCCGUGAGGUUAAUGGUGUUGCAGGAUGCUACCCUAAAGGUACAUCGUCAUGCAUAGCUUCUGGCGAUCCGCACUACACAACCUUCGACAAACGCAAGUACAACUUCAUGGGCAACUGCAGUUACGUGAUGGCCGGAAUCUGCAACAUAUCGUCAGCGUUGCCAUUUUUUGAGGUCCAUGCUGACAACGAAAACCGCUACAACCGGCCUACCAUCUCCUACGUGAAGGCGGUUCAUGUGUUUGUUUUGCAUCCCAAUGGGGUCUCCUCCAGCUUCCAGUCGGGCACCGUUCAUAAGGUCUCCAUCUUCAAAGGAGGCACCGUACAUGUAAAUGGCAUCAAAGUCAACCUGCCACUGAGUCCGUUUCCAGGUGUCUCUGUGUUCAAAUCAGGGAAGCACUACACUGUGUCCUUGGAUUUUGGUGUGACAGUGCGCUACGACGGAAACCACUUUAUGGACAUUAAAGUGAUUAAAGACUACAAGAACUUACUGUGUGGACUGUGUGGAAAUUACAACGGGGACACCAAAGAUGACUUCCGCACCCCUAGUGGGUCGUUGACCAAUGAUCCCAACGAGUUUGGAAACAGCUGGAAUGUUGAUCCAGAGUGUAACACUAAACCCAACACCACUAUUCCUGGAUGUGAGGAAGAUGAGCAGAACCUGUAUGAAAGUUCAGGAUAUUGUGGCGUUCUGUUGGACAAAAAUGGUCCAUUUGCCGUCUGCCACCCCAAAGUAAACCCCAAUAAUUACUUCAAGGAUUGCGUCUUCGAUCUCUGUGAGCUGGAUGGCGCUGCAUCCAUCCUGUGCGAAGCCAUCGAAGCCUACGCCAACGAGUGCCAGGAUCGCGGGGUCCAGAUCGGACCCUGGAGGAAUGAGAGCUUCUGUCCUUUGAGCUGCCCACCCAACAGCCAUUAUGAGCCCUGCGCGGACCCCUGUCAGGAAACGUGCUCUGGAAGACCCCCUGCCUGCAGCGGACCAUGCACCGAGUCCUGCGUCUGCGAUCCUGGCUACAUCCUGAGUGCUGGAAAAUGCGUGAACAAGAACUCCUGUGGCUGCCAACACACCAAUGGCCAGUAUUACCAGCCUGGAGAAGAGUUCUACACUGAGAACUGUACAGAGCAGUGUAGAUGUGUAGCCCCCGUUGUUGUCUGUGAGCCAUCUGGAUGCCCUCCAACACACGAAUGUCAAGUCCAGGAGGGAGAGUUGGGCUGCUAUCCCACAGGAUCAACUACACCUGAACCAACAAGUCCCGGAGUGACUUCACCCGAACCUUCAACUCCAAGACCAACUACACCGAAACCAAUCCAGUGCCCUCCCAAUGCAGAAUACAUAGAAUGUGGUCCGGCUUGUAUCCCCACCUGCAUGGAGCCUUCCAGCAACUGCAGUGGCUCCUGCAUCACUGGCUGCUUUUGCAAACCAGGUUUUGUCUUCAAGGGAAAACAUUGCGUGCCGCUGGAGAAAUGCGGUUGCUUGGAUGACCACAACAACUAUUACGAGCCUGGAGAGAUCGUAUUUGGAGACGGCUGUUCAAAGCUUUGUCGCUGUGCAGGGAACUACACUUUGGAAUGUGUGGAUAACUCCUGUGAUCCCACUGAGGAGUGUCGUGAGGUUAAUGGUGUUGCAGGAUGCUACCCUAAAGGUACAUCGUCAUGCAUAGCUUCUGGCGAUCCGCACUACACAACCUUCGACAAACGCAAGUUCAACUUCAUGGGCAACUGCAGUUACGUGAUGGCUGGAAUCUGCAACGUAUCGUCAGCGUUGCCAUUUUUUGAGGUCCAUGCUGACAACGAAAACCGCUACAACCGGCCUACCAUCUCCUACGUGAAGGCGGUUCAUGUGUUUGUUUUGUAUCCCAAUGGGGUCUCCUCCAGCUUCCAGUCGGGCACCGUUCAUAAGGUCUCCAUCUUCAAAGGAGGCACUGUACAUGUAAAUGGCAUCAAAGUCAACCUGCCGCUGAGUCCGUUUCCAGGUGUCUCUGUGUUCAAAUCAGGGAAGCACUACACUGUGUCCUUGGAUUUUGGUGUGACAGUGCGCUACGACGGAAACCACUUUAUGGACAUUAAAGUGAUUAAAGACUACAAGAACUUACUGUGUGGACUGUGUGGAAAUUACAACGGGGACACCAAAGAUGACUUCCGCACCCCUAAUGGGUCGUUGACCAAUGAUCCCAAUGAGUUUGGAAACAGCUGGAAUGUUGAUCCAGAGUGUAACACUAAACCCAACACCACUAUUCCUGGAUGUGAGGAAGAUGAGCAGAACCUGUAUGAAAGUUCAGGAUAUUGUGGCGUUCUGUUGGACAAAAAUGGUCCAUUUGCCGUCUGCCACCCCAAAGUAAACCCCAAUAAUUACUUCAAGGAUUGCGUCUUCGAUCUCUGUGAGCUGGAUGGCGCUGCGUCCAUUCUGUGCGAAGCCAUCGAAGCCUACGCAAACGAGUGCCAGGAUCGCGGGGUCCAGAUCGGACCCUGGAGGAAUGACAGCUUCUGUCCUUUGAGCUGCCCACCCAACAGCCAUUAUGAGCCCUGCGCGGACCCCUGUCAGGAAACGUGCUCUGGAAGACCCCCUGCCUGCAGCGGACCAUGCACAGAGUCCUGCGUCUGCGAUCUUGGCUACAUCCUGAGUGCUGGAAAAUGCGUGAACGAGAGCUCCUGUGGCUGCCAACACACCAACGGCCAGUAUUACCAGCCUGGAGAAGAGUUCUACACUGAGAACUGUACAGAGCAGUGUAGAUGUGUAGCCCCCGUUGUUGUCUGUGAGCCAUCUGGAUGCCCUCCAACACAUGAGUGUCAAGUCCAGGAGGGAGAGUUGGGCUGCUAUCCCACAGGAUCAACAACUCCUCAGCCAACGACUCCUGGAGUGACUACACCAAACGCAACGACUCCGGACGUUCCUACGCCCGACGCAACGACUCCUGGAGUGACUACACCAAUCCAGUGCCCUCCCAAUGCAGACUACAUAGAAUGUGGUCCGGCUUGUAUCCCCACCUGCAUGGAGCCUUCCAGCAACUGCAGUGGCUCCUGCAUCACUGGCUGCUUUUGCAAACCAGGUUUUGUCUUCAUGGGACUACAGUGUGUGCCACUGGAAAAGUGUGGUUGCCUUGAUGACCACAACAACUACUACAAGCCUGGACAAAUCAUAUACAGAGACGGUUGCUCAAAGCUGUGCCGCUGUGUCGGGAACUACACGUUUGAAUGUGAAGACAGCUCUUGCGGUCCCACUGAGGAGUGUCGCGAGGUUAAUGGUGUCCUGGGAUGCUACUCUAAAGGUUCUGCUACAUGCAUGGCACACAGUGACCCGCACUAUACGACCUUCGACAGCCGCAAGUACAGUUUCAUGGGCAACUGCAGUUACCUGAUGUCGGCGGUCUGCAAUGUGACAACGUUACCCAACUUUGAGGUGUACGCCGACAACGAAAACCGCUAUAACAACCUCGCCAUCUCCUACGUGAAGGCUGUGCACGUGCACGUACGGCAGGUUAAGGUGUCGGUCCUCAAAGGCGGGACGGUCCAUGUGAACGGGUCCAGAGUCAACUUGCCAAUGUCUCCGGUGCCGGGUGUCUCGGUGUUCCGAUCAGGAAGACACUACACAGUGUCGAUGGAUUUUGGCGUUGAUGUGCGCUAUGAUGGCAUUCAGUUUAUGGACAUCAAAUUGAUUCAAGACUAUAAGAACCUAUUGUGCGGAAUGUGUGGCAAUUACAAUGGAAUCGCCCAAGAUGACUUCCGCAAGCCGGAUGGGUCGUUGACUGGUGACAUCAACGACUUUGGACAUAGCUGGAACGUUGAUCCAGACUGUAAGAAGCACAACAUCACUACACCCGAAUGCAACGAGGAAGACGAGAAACUGUAUGAGAGCAACGCCUACUGCGGCCUUCUAUUGGACAAGAAUGGACCUUUCGCUGUGUGUCACCCCAAAGUCAACCCCAAUACUUACUUCCAGGACUGCGUCUUUGACCUGUGCGCUCUGGAUGGCGCGCAGCCUGCUUUGUGCGAUGCCCUGGAAGCCUUUGCCGACGAGUGCCAGGACCGUGGUGUCCAAAUCGGACCCUGGAGGAACCAAACCUUCUGUCCUUUGAGCUGCCCCCCCAACAGCCAUUACCAUCCCUGCGCGGACCCCUGUCAGGAAACAUGUUCUGGAAAGCCCCCGUCUUGCGAGGGACCAUGCACCGAGUCCUGCGUGUGCAAUCCUGGCUACAUCCUGAGUGCGGGGAAAUGUGUGGACAACAGUUCCUGUGGCUGCCAACACACCAACGGCCAGUAUUACCAGCCUGGUGAGGAGUUCUACGACAGCGACUGCAAGCAGAAGUGUCGAUGCGACGCCCCCACUGUGAGCUGUAAGCCAUCUCAGUGCCCCCCAAUGCACCAGUGUUUGCUUCUGGAAGGACAACUGGGAUGCUAUCCUACCAGCUCUAAGGACUGCAUCAUCUCCGGAGAUCCGCACUACCACACAUUCGACAAGAGGUUCUACAGUUUUAUGGGCACAUGUACCUACACACUGGCUCGAACCUGCCAGAACAACACAGGUCCUUGGUUCUCAGUGGAGGGCAAGAAUGAGGAAAGAGGAGUGUCGGGGGUGUCCUACCUGAGAAAGCUCUACAUCACCGUGGAUGGAAUAACACUCACAUUAAUGAAAGCCAGGAGGACGCUGGUGAAUGGGCGCCGUGUAGCGCUACCUCAUUUGCCGUCUCCUAAGGUGACGGUCAGCAUAGCUGGUCAGUACGUCACCGUGCAGACGACCUUUGGUCUUCAAGUACGCUGGGAUGGAAAGCAUCACGCCCAAAUCUCUGUUCCCAGCUCGUACUACAACCAGAUGUGCGGCCUCUGCGGCGACUUUGACGGCAGCCCGGACAACGACUUCACCAAACCAGACGGCGCUCUGGUCACCAACGUCAACGACUUCUGCAACAGCUGGCAGACGGAAGAAGACGAGGAUGACUCAUGUUCACCAGGCACCAAACCUGAUCCCGACUGCAAUCCUGAACUUGAAGCUGAGGUGAUGAAACCGGAAAAAUGCGGCAAAAUCAAAGAUCCUGUUGGAGCAUUCCGAGAGUGCAUCGAUGUGGUCAAUCCCAGCACGUACUUCCAGAGCUGCGUGUACGACAUGUGUCAGUUUGAAGGCCAACAGCAGGUCCUGUGUGACCAACUGCAAGCCUACACUGACGCCUGUCACAGCGCUGGGGUCAACGUUUACCAGUGGAGGACGCCAGAAUUCUGCCCCUUGCAGUGUCCCGCCAACAGCUCGUACUCUCUGUGCGUAAGCUCCUGCCCAGAGACGUGUUUGGGGGUGGUGGGACCCCCCGGCUGUCAAGACGUCUGUGUGGAAGGAUGCCGAUGUGACCCUGGAUUCAUCCUCAGUGACGACAAGUGUGUGUCCCUCAAAGACUGUGGCUGUUCGGAUGCCAGUGGGACAUACCAUCCUGUGGGUGAUGAGUGGCUCUCCGAGGGCUGCAAGGAGAAGUGUCGGUGUGAAAGUGGAUCGUUGAUACAGUGCACCAACAGCAGCUGUAAAGCCAACACUGAAAGUUGUCAGCUCCACCAAGGAGAGUACCAAUGUCGCCCCCUAGGAAACGGUAUCUGUUCUGUCUCCGGAGACCCCCACUACACCACAUUUGACAAGCGGGUCCACCAUUACAUGGGGGCAUGCUCUUACACCCUGACCAAGCUCUGCAACUCUUCCAACAACUUGCCCUAUUUCACCGUGGACACCCAGAACGAGCACAGGGGGAGCAACAAGAAGGUUUCCUACGUCAGGGCUGUCGUGGUCAACGUGAACGGUUUAACGCUCAUCCUCGGCAAGGGACGCACACUCCAGGUUAACGGAUCUGUGGCGGUCCCGCCCGUCAAGGCCGCCAACGACGUCACAGUCUACCUGAGUGGCAAGUUUAUCAUCCUGGAGACACUUUUUGGAUUGAGGGUGCGAUUUGACGGCAACCACCACGCCGACGUCAGCAUUCCCACUUCCUACAGCGGGCAGCUUUGCGGAAUGUGUGGGAAUUUCAACGGGAAUCCGAAAGAUGACAACCUAAAGCCGGACAACAGUCCUGCCGCUAGCACCAAUGAGUUGGGAGACAGCUGGCAGGUUCCUGACCCUCGACCCGAUUGCAGUAACGGUGGUGGCCAGGAGGACUGUGAUCAAAAGGUGGAGGAAGACGCCAAGAAACCAACGAGCUGCGGCAUGAUCACUGACCUCGAUGGCAUCUUCAAGCUGUGUCACUCCAUCGUCCCCCCUGAGUCCUUCUUGGAAAACUGCAUAUAUGACAUGUGCGCCACAGGGGGGCAAACUGUGGCGUUGUGCCAAGCCGUGGAGAGCUACGCCGACAUGUGCGCCCUCGCGGGAGUCCCCAUCAACUGGAGGAACACCACCUUCUGCCCUCUGAAGUGCCCCCCCGGCAGUCACUACACCCACUGCGGUUCCGCGUGUCCCCAACCCAGCUGUCAGGACCCCGCAGGGCCGGGCGGUGCCUGUGAACAACCCUGCGUGGAAGGCUGCGUCUGCAACGAUGGACUCAUCCUCAGCGGUGACCAAUGUGUGCCGCUGAGCGAAUGCGGCUGCACGGACAGCAAUGGAAAAUACCGACCGGUGGGAGAUACCUGGUUUACAGAGACGGACUGCUCGGAGCGUUGUAAGUGUAACAGCAACCACAAUGUGACCUGUGAGCCGUGGCAGUGUAGCCCAGCGCAGGAAUGCAAAGUGCUGGACGGCAUCCUGGACUGCCACUCUACGGGUAAAGGAGUAUGUCACGUUGCCGGAGACCCUCACUACUACACCUUUGACGGCGUGAUGCACACCUUCAUGGGCACCUGCACAUACACUCUGGUCCAGGUAUGUAACGCUACGAGGGUAACGCCGUUCACGGUCGUGGCGAAAAACGAGGAGCGCGGUCAGCCAGAGGCGUCGUACGUUCGUUCGGUCAAAGUUUACCUCCCUCAUGAUGUGGAAAUUGAACUGCAGAAAGGCCGCAGAGUUCUGGUCAACAAGCGUCGCGUGAGAACGCCAGUUUCGGUUAGUGGCGCCAAGGUGAUAACCAGCGGCGCGUACAACCUGCUGGAUACCAACUUCGGUCUGCAAGUGAAAUUUGAUGGCGUUCAUCACCUGGAGAUCACCGUGCCUGGCGAAUACUUUGACAAGCUUUGCGGCAUGUGCGGCAACUACAACCACAACUCGUCUGACGACAACCUGAUGCCCAACACGAAACCUGCCAAGGACGUCAUUGAACUGGGCAACAGCUGGAAGGCAGACGGCGACAGUGACACUGGCUGUCAACCAGACAAACGCCCGGAUGUCCACCCCAACUGCACAGAAGAGGAGGAGAGUCAAUACGAGGACCAGUGUGCCGCUGUUAUUUUGUCCGAUGUCUUCAAGCCCUGCCACUCUGUGGUGCCCCCGGAGGCCUUCUUAGGAAACUGCGUGUAUGACAUGUGUGAGUACGACGGCAUGCAAGCCACGCUCUGCGACAACGUAGAGGCGUACGCUCAGGCUUGCCACAGCGCCGGGGUGACCAUCAGCUGGAGGAACCAAACAUUCUGUCCUUUGCCCUGCCCGCCUAACAGCCACUAUUCCGACUGCACCGCCCCCUGCCCGCCGACCUGCUCCGAUCUGUUCCCAAUCGCUUGCCACCUGCCGCCGACUGCCUGCGUGGAAGGUUGCCAGUGUGACGCCGGCUUCGUCCUCAGCGACGGCAAAUGUGUGCCGCUCAGCAAAUGUGGCUGCCUGGAUUCACUCGGAGAGUACUAUGACGUGGGAGACAUAUGGCUGACGGACAAAUGUGUUGAGAGGUGCACGUGUAACCUGGGAGGGCAGAUCACAUGCAAGAGCCACAGCUGUGAUUCCAGCUCAGUGUGCGCCCUGGACAAACAUGGGGACGUCUACUGCCAGCCUGCCAAGUUUGACAAGUGCAGCGUGUCGGGGGAUCCCCACUACCGAACGUUCGACGGUUUCACGCAUCACUUCCAGGGCCCGUACACUUACGUCCUGACUCGGGAUCACGAGCUGCCAGGCUCGCUGGAGUCGCUGACCGUACGUGGAAAGAACAUUCGACGCGGCGGAAACCAGAGGGUGUCCUUCCUGGAUCAGAUGUAUGUGGACGUUUACGGCGUGUCUGUUCGAUUCCUGCAGAGGAAGGCGGUCCUGGUGAACGGGGAGAGCGUUUCGCCUCCUCUUAGGCCAGUUGACGGAUUAACCAUCACAAUGAACUCCAGACAGGUUCAGCUCGUAACCGACUUCGGACUUACUGUGCGCUUCGACGGGAAAAGUCGCGGAGAGAUCAUUCUUCCGAGCACCUACAAGAACGUUGUGAGAGGACUGUGUGGAAACUACGACGGCAUCACCAGAAACGAGUACAUGAAGCCGGACGGGACGGUAGUCCGGGACUUGAAUGUAUUUGGAGAAAGCUGGCGAGUGAGCGACAGAUCGGUUGAGGGCCCCGAUGGCGGUGACGUCGGGAAUGUCAUACACCUUCACAGGCGAGAGGUGGACACAGAUCCUGAUUCCGGCUUUGAGACGUCCGGCUGCUCGCAGGCUGAACUGAGCGAGUACGAGGAUGUAGCUAAAUGUGGAGCUCUAGCUGAGGCUAACGGCCUGUUUGCUGCCUGCCACGCCGUCUUGGCGCCAAAAAGCUACCAGGACGACUGUGUAUAUGACCUGUGUGCUGAGCGUGGCAGUGAGGAGUUACGCUGUGCUAGCUAUGAAGCGUAUGCUGCCGCCUGUCAGGAAGCAGGAGUCACCCUGGGACCUUGGAGGCGACAACUGGCCUGUGUGUUGUCGUGUCCUGGCAACAGCAGCUAUUCAUCGUGCAUGACGCCGUGCCCCGCCUCCUGUGCAGACCUGGCGGCCCCCUCGCAGUGUGAUGUCACUUCCUGUGUGGAAGGCUGCCAGUGCAAUGCUGGCUUCGUGAUGAGCGAGGGCGUCUGUGUGCCGUACGCUCAAUGUGGCUGCAUGUUCCUUGACCGAUACUACCUGCUGAAAGAAACCUUCGUGACAGAAGACUGUUCCCAGGCGUGUGAAUGCACCACCACGGGCGCCGCCUGCCAGGACAAAAGAUGUCAGGAGGGAUACGUCUGCACCAUCUACGACUACAGACGUGACUGCCACAGAGCGAGUCCUUGCCUGAGCAACCCGUGUCUCAACGGAGGACUCUGUCAAGAGGCCAGCAACAUCUCCUACACGUGCAUCUGUACGGAGGGCUACCAAGGACUCAACUGUGAGAUUGAGAUCACACCGGGCACUGGAGGACUUGAAACCAAAUGGAUCAUCCUGAUCGCUGUGCUGAUGUCCUUGGCGGUCAUCGUGGUCGUCGUGGUGACCGUGGUGUGCGUUUGCAAAAGUGCAAAGUCACACGUUUAUGUAAUUCAGAAGCUACCGUCAUCUCACAGUAGGAACAAGAAAAGACAGGAGCAGAAUCUCAGCAUGAAGUCAACAAGUGUGCCGUAUGAAAACAUGGACGCAAAGAAAAGCGGCAACAACACGACCACCAUGUGAACACACCCGGCUGACUAACAGAAGACCUCAAGCAGCAGUCUGGUCUCAUGCACAUACAGUAGACCCCCCCACCCCCCGGUCUCCAUUCGUCCAUCUCAUUCGAUAAGACGUGAUCGUAAAGCACCAAGUGUACAGCUUAGCAAUGUAGCAUCCAGUUUGCCCCAUCAUCAUCAUCAUCAUCAUCAUCACUUUCGCCAAUGGAAUGUGUCCCUCGACAGCGCUCCAAGGUCAACCUCCAAACGUCCUCUGAUGUCCUUGUUUACGUUGACCGAGUCCUGGAGAGACUGACUGAGGCACGAAACUGCGAUGCAAUUAGCUUGUUAGCUCCCUUCAUUGCCAGCAAACAAUAGCAACUGAGUCACUUUUAUUGCAAAUGUUGAUCCCAAACUUGGAAAACGUCAAGGUCAAGCUAGGAGGGUUUGUAGAAGAAGUGAGCUGGCGUCGUGUAUGGUUGAAUAGCGGGGGAUCUACUGUACUGUACUGUAUAUGUUAACUUAUUAUAAUUACAGCCAAUCAGGUGUGUUCUACAUAAAAUGUGUAUUUUUCAUGCGUGUCUUAAAGCGUUAUGUAUUUUUUUUCCCACAAUUAAAUAAGCCACAUUCAC